CAUACCUCUCAAGACAGCCCUAGCCGAAAAGGGUCACACCUCUGUGGAAAAAAUAAAUAAAACUUCAAUUUAUUCAAUUCCACGCUAACUUAAAUAAAAUAGUACAAUGCCAAAGUACUAUUGCGAUUACUGUGACACCUACUUGACCCACGACUCGCCCUCCGUACGGAAAACCCACUGCACCGGUCGCAAGCACCGCGACAAUGUAAAGUUCUACUACCAAAAGUGGAUGGAGGAGCAGGCACAGCAUUUGAUUGACGCCACCACUGCCGCCUUCAAAGCCGGAAAGAUUACGAACAAUCCGUUCGCGGGUGGGCCAGGAGCGGCGCCUCCGAAGCCGGCGGGUGUGUCCAUCCCGCCGCCCAAUAUGGGUGCUCCUCCACGUCCGGGAAUGCCAGGAAUGCCCUACAUGCCGCCUCUAAUGAAUCCAAUGAUGGGCAUGCGUCCACCACCGAUUAUGAAUCCCAUGGCCAUGAUGGGACCACCACCUCCGCUCGGCACAAUUCCCGGCGUCCGACCGCCGAUCAUGAAUGGACCCAAGUGACGGCACAAUGAAUCACGAUCAGAUACAGGAUCACUAAGGGAACGCACCUCGUGAGGUGUCCUAAUUAAGCUGUAGCAGUUAAGUAAGCCCAUUAGCAAACCAAACUAUGGAAAUUUAUAUAAAACAAAUUUACUCAACAGA